UUGGCUGCUGUUAUUGGCUGCUAGCUUGCUGUCAGUGCAAUUUUCGUUUUUAUCAGACAAUUUCAGAAUGUUUAGUCAAAGAAACACAUCACUUCGUGCAGGAACGUCGCCUUUUAACGUCUCUCAGCAGGGAAGCCAAUCAGUCCAAACAAGGAGGGUUGCCAGCGUGUUUACUCCGCAAAGAAAGCAAAAAACUAACUUGAAUAGGUCUACUCUAGCAACGUCUCACAUUUUAGAAGAAACAUCAAACUUCCGAGUUGAAAAGUAUGGCUUACCACUACCUGUACUUAUAACAGAAGCUCUUACAUAUGCAGACAAAACAACCCCAAUAAGUGUACGGACAGAUGAAUCUGGAUGGGCGUGGCUGGUGGGAGGUCGGAAACUCUUUAUCUGGAGGUACAAACAGGCACCUACAGGCAGGAAUGUGCUGUGUAAAGAACUGACCCUUCCACCUAGUGACCUGGCCCACAGUGCUGAUCGAGUGUGCGUGAUAGCAAACAGUAGUGACAGUCAGACAGCGUCAUGUGUUGCAGUGUCACCCGAAGGAGUUGUGCGAUACUGGUCAAACAUUGCGUACGAGACAUCAUCUAUGGAAAUUAGUGCUGAGCUGAAAGGCGAGGAAUGUGAUACCGUCGUAAAUAUGAUGCCGUAUGGUUGUCUACUGGCUACCACAACAAGUUCCCUGGUCAUCAUAUCUUUCACACCUGGACAGAACACAGUAAGUUGCCGACCACUAAAGUCCCAGCAGGGCAUGUUCUCCGGUAUUGGGCGUCGGAUGUCGUCCAUGAUCUUUGGCGGUGGCCAGGGUGGAAAUUCAGGAGCACCCCUGCAGGCGGUGAUAGCAGGCCAGUUUGAGGAGGAUGAGCGCCCAUUCUAUGUGCUGUCAGGUACACAACUCAACAAGUGGGUCCUGGGUGACUACAACAUGGAAAGGUUUCUAUACCAAAUUGAUGCAGACAGAUUGUUCCGAGAGUCUUUGGCUAAAAAUGUGUGGAACAAGGAGGCAAUACAGAUGACCCAGCUGACCACCUGGCUACUGGACAUGCAACUCACCAGUGAGGGUGUGGUUCUGCUGGGAGCGGGUAUGGACCAUGAGGCCCAACCAGUUGUCCACUUUGCGCUAGCCACAAUAGCCACAGAGAGCAGUGGUACACCAUCCCGGCUGGAAGACUUCAAUCUUCUAGAAUUCUCAAAGAGAUACCAGGAGGAGAACGAGGUGGAGUUGCUAGGCUACCGUCUGGUGGUGCCAGGCAGACAGGACUAUGUCUACAUGUACAGCCCCUCCUACAUCAUCAUGGAAACGGGAAAUGGAGAGCCUGCAGAGGAGUUGCCUGCCCCUGGAGGACGGAUACUUGGAGCAGGUGUAUGCGACAGUACGGCAGUGUUCUUCUCUGUCAGCCAAGGGCUUAUCACCAUCUCAUCUACACAGAGACCUGAUGUCAGCAUCCUUGAUGACACUACACAGGAACUUGUAGCCCGUGCCGACGUGAGCCAGAUGAAUGCGAGUCAGGCGCAGAUAGACCAGUUGAGUAUGAGUGAGGACAAGUCUUCCAAACUGAAGGCGGCCUUCCUCAGUGCCUGCAGCGGAAAUGUUCCCAAGGCUGAGGAGAUGAUAGAGGAGCUAUUCCCAGACCUGGAGGCAGGGGGCCAGACUACUGAGCUGGAUGUACUUGUUACAGGCCUCAGUCGUGACCUUGUAGAUGACAUACCCACCUCAGAUCCUCGCUGGGCCGAGAACACCAGACCAGACAUGGGCAGUAGCACGUCUUCCCUGAUCAUCGUACAACAGCUACGUGACAAACAGCGUGCCCACGAGUACAUCAUCAACUUCCUCAAGAAACUAAACCUCUGGGAUAGGCUGCACACAGUGAGGGUUGGGGACAGUGUGAUGUACACUCGACUGUUGCUAUGUCAACAUGCCGAGCAACUGGAGGCAGCCAUUGUUCUCAGAGAAAUGCAUGCUGAGUAUGCGGUGGUGAUAGACGCAGCAAUUAAGAAGGUGCUCAUGUCCCGCGGGUUCAAGACAAAGUCAGGGCUCUCCCCUCAUGACCUCUUCUACAGGGAGGUGUCAAGAAUCCAUGAGAUGUUUGAGGCAUUAUUGGAUUAUGAGACGGAUGUGAUGUCCAGUAACUACACACCCGCAAACAUUGUCACUGUCAUCUGCUCUGUUAACCCAGUCAUUGAGGGAAUGCUGCAUGCAGCUCUUCAGUACCGUCAGUCAAAGGCAGACAUAUACCAGACUGGCCCUGUUAAAGAACCACUCCCUGAAUAUGUCCCUUGGACCGCCUCCACCGGCUCUAGUGGCACCAGGACACUCCUUGUGAAACAGUUGAUGUUGAGCGUGGAGACAGGUGUGGUGGAGUGUCGGGAGCCCGAGGGUCGGGAGGCGCUUUUUCAGCAAAUGUUGGGGCUGGCUGAUUGUGUACUGGAUGGAUACAUGGCCCAGCUGGAGUCCCUCCGGGGGAGCCCUGACAUGGCAGAGUAUGCUGCACAGCUGGAGGAGCAGUACCUGCAGCAGAGACAUGCCCUCAUAACACCCUUCUUGGAGUAUGAGCAGUAUGAGCGUGCUGGUUCCCUAGCAGAGAAGUAUGCAGACUUUGACCUCCUGAUCCGCAUCUGCGAGGCAACUGGAAACCAGGACAGGAUACAGAGAUACCAGCAGCAGUUUGCUGAUAAGGGGUUCUCUGACUUCCUGUUUAAUUGGUACAUGAAAGAAGGAAAGCAAGGUCGUCUGUUAUCUCAGCCGGUUCCCCAGCAUGGCCAGCUCCACAGUUUCCUGCAGCAGGACAAGUAUGGAUACCUCAAGUGGCUCAACGACAUCGACAGACAUGACUACAGGGCUGCUCAUGAAACAUUGUUGAACCUGGGAAGAAAUGAGGAAGAAUAUCUGGCUAAAAAGAAGACACUACUAAGCCUGAGUAAGCUGGCAGGCCUAGCAUAUGGCGAGGAGGAUGAACAGUUAAAGUCAAACAUCAGAGAUAUUGAUGAAGAACAAGAGCUUAUCCUGAACCAGGAACUACUUCCCAGUGAACUGCUAGAGAACAUGAAUAUUGACAUGGAGCACAUGAAAGUGUUCUCACCGGUGGAACUCAUUCAGUUGUACAUCUGCGAUGAGAAUACAGCAGCCACAGAGAGUGACUUCAAGAAGGCCUUGGAUCUCAUGCAGUUUAUUGAUGCUGAGGACCCAGCAGUGGACCUGGAGGUGAUCCGAACCAGCAUCUGGUGCCGGGCCAUUCUCAGGGACAGGGCAAGCUGGACCCAUACACCCACAGGUGACCCCCUGGACAGCGUAAAAGACACCAUCUUUUUUAAGACAAUCUCACUUGCUAUCACAGAUGGCUGGGAGCCUCAACAGUUUUUGCCAGACUUGCGGUCCCUUCUCUCGUCAGAUCAGCUAGGAGAUCUGGCUGCCAACAAACAGCUCCAGUUUCUGCUCGGCACUGUGUAUGAACUCACAAACAAUGUACAGUGAUGGGAAUAAAGAAAAUACCGUUAAUGAAAAAUGGUCUAAAUUACAAAAUGUGUUCAAAGGUAGACAUCCAGAGUGGAAAGCUAAACUGUUGUGGUUGUUGAGUAUUAAGAAGUGUCCAAAUAUGGACAUGGUACGCCAUAUGAAGUUUUUGUUCAUGUGAACAUAUAUACAAUACAUUGACUUCAUCUGAGGCUGCUUUGCCAUAAACCAAUUUACUAGAAAAACAGGUGUCCAAAAACAUGAAUGUAGUAUGUAAGCAACAUGUAAAACAAAGAAUUGUAUUUAAGUAAUGUAUACAGCAUGUCAGUAAGAUAGUAAAGAUUGUGAUGGUGACAUAUACAGGUGAUCUCGUCAGGGUUUUUUUCCAAUUUACUUUGACUAUUUUACCUGCAAUAAGUUUUUAAAGCGUUGCUACUAUAAGGAUGGCACAUUCAAUUUUGGUCAAUAUUGAACUAAAACAUUACUAAUAUGGCAAUGAAAGGGAGCAAUGUGUUGUUGAGUCUGAACUUAUGUGACACUUGUUAAUGUUGUAAAACUUGCAAAUAAAUAAGUCAAAAACA